AUGUCCAGCUCCGGAUACCACCCGGCUCUCGAUGAUCCGAAUGCCUACGUCCUCUAUCGCUACCACCCCAGCCUCCCCGCCGCCAUCAUAUUCGUCGUUGCUUUUGCGAUAACCACAUUCUGGCACUGCUGGCAAUGCGGACGGACACGGACGUGGUACUUCAUCCCACUAAUCGUUGGUGGCUUUUUUGAAUGGGUGGGCUACAUUGGCCGUGCCCUCUCCUCUCAAGACCAAUGGAAACUCGGCCCGUUUAUCCAGCAAUCACUGCUCCUCCUCGUCGCCCCCGCCCUGUUUGCCGCCUCCAUCUACAUGAUCCUCGGCCGCAUCAUCCUCGUCACUGACGGCGAGCAGCACUCGCUGAUCCGCCAGAAGUGGCUGACCAAACUCUUCGUCACCGGCGACGUCAUCUCCUUUCUCGUGCAGGCGGCCGGCGCGGGCAUCAUGUCGGCCGGCAACGCGUCCUCGAUGCACUCGGGCGAGAAGAUCAUCGUCGCGGGCCUUUUCAUCCAGCUCGCCUUCUUCGGCUUCUUCAUCGUCGUCGGCUCGCUCUUCUACUCGCGCAUCUCGCGGCAGCCGACCGCCAAGAGCGCCGUUGACGACGGCAGCAUGCCUUGGCGCAAGCACUUCGGGGUCCUCAUGGCCGCCAGCGCCCUCGUCUUCGUGCGCAGCGUCUUCAGGGUCAUCGAGUACCUCAUGGGCAAUGCCGGCUACCUGCUCAAGCACGAGGUCUUUCUGUACAUUUUCGACGCCGUCCUCAUGUUCGCCGUCAUGGUGCUGUUCAAUGUCGUCCACCCGAGCGAGAUCACCCGCAUGCUGAAGGAGACUCACGGCAGGGAGGUCGGCAUGGAGGAGGUUAGGGAGAGAUAUCUGGAGGGCGAGAGCGCCUGA